GGUCGCGACUGCUGCUCCCGGGGCUGGAUCGCCCCCGGGCUCCCCUCAGCCACUUCACCAUGGCGGGCCCUGGCCCGGGCGCGGCGCUGGAGUCUCCGCGGCAGCUGCUGGGCCGCGUGCGCUUCUUGGCUGAAGCAGCGCGUAACCUCCGCGCCGGGCAGCCGCUGCCUGCGGCGUUGGCUUUCGUGCCUCGAGAGGUGCUCUACAAGCUUUACAAGGACCCGUCGGGACCGUCGCGCGUGUUGCUGCCGGUGUGGGAGGCGGAGGGCCUGGGGCUGCGUGUGGGCGCCGCGGGCCCGGCCUCCGGUACGGGCUCCGGGCCCCUCCGCGCCGCCCGCGACAGCAUCGAGCUCCGGCGCGGAGCCUGCGUGCGCACCACGGGCGAGGAGCUGUGCAACGGCCACGGGCUCUGGGUGAAGCUAACCAAGGAGCAGCUGGCAGAGCACCUGGGCGACUGCGGUCUGAACGAAGGCUGGCUGCUGGUAUGCCGCCCGGCAGAGGGCGGGGCCCGCCUCGUACCCAUUGACACUCCCGACCACCUCCAGCGGCAGCAGCAGCUCUUCGGUGUGGACUACCGGCCGGUGCUCAGAUGGGAACAGGUGGUGGACCUGACUUACUCGCAUCGCCUGGGAUCGAGGCCUCAGCCGGCAGAGGCAUACACAGAAGCUGUGCAAAGGCUACUCUAUGUGCCCCCGACAUGGACCUACGAAUGCGACGAGGACCUGAUCCACUUCUUGUAUGACCACCUGGGCAAGGAGGAUGAGAACCUGGGUAGCGUGAAGCAGUACGUGGAGAGCAUAGACGUUUCCUCCUACACGGAGGACUUCAAUGUCUCCUGCCUGACAGAUAGCAAUGCAGAUACCUACUGGGAGAGUGAUGGGUCCCAGUGCCAGCACUGGGUACGGCUUACUAUGAAGAAGGGCACCAUUGUCAAGAAGCUGCUACUCACUGUGGAUACCACUGAUGACAAUUUUAUGCCUAAGCGGGUGGUGGUCUAUGGGGGCGAAGGAGACAACCUGAAGAAGCUGAGUGACGUGAGCAUUGACGAGACCCUGAUUGGUGAUGUCUGUGUCCUGGAGGACAUGACCGUCCACCUCCCAAUCAUCGAGAUCCGCAUCGUCGAGUGUCGAGAUGACGGGAUUGAUGUUCGUCUUCGAGGGGUCAAGAUCAAGUCAUCUAGACAACGGGAACUAGGGUUGAAUGCAGACCUGUUCCAGCCAACCAGUCUGGUGCGGUAUCCACGCCUGGAAGGCACUGACCCAGAAGUACUGUACCGCAGAGCUGUCCUCCUGCAGAGAUUCAUCAAGAUCCUAGACAGUGUCCUGCACCACCUGGUACCUGCCUGGGACCACACACUGGGCACCUUCAGUGAGAUUAAGCAAGUGAAGCAGUUCCUGCUGCUUUCACGCCAGCGCCCUGGCCUGGUGGCUCAGUGCCUGCGUGACUCAGAGAGCAGCAAGCCCAGCUUCAUGCCACGCUUGUACAUCAACCGGCGCCUUGCCAUGGAACACCGUGCCUGUCCCUCUCGGGACCCUGCCUGCAAGAAUGCGGUCUUCACCCAGGUUUAUGAAGGUCUCAAGCCUUCUGACAAGUAUGAAAAACCCCUGGACUACAGGUGGCCCAUGCGCUAUGACCAGUGGUGGGAGUGUAAAUUCAUUGCAGAAGGAAUCAUUGACCAAGGGGGUGGUUUCCGGGAUAGCCUGGCAGAUAUGUCAGAAGAGCUGUGCCCUAGCUCUGCUGACACCCCUGUGCCUCUGCCCUUCUUUGUGCGCACAGCCAACCAGGGCAAUGGCACUGGUGAGGCCCGGGACAUGUAUGUGCCCAACCCCUCCUGCCGAGACUUUGCCAAGUAUGAGUGGAUUGGACAGCUGAUGGGAGCUGCCCUCCGGGGUAAGGAGUUCCUGGUCCUGGCUCUGCCUGGUUUUGUGUGGAAGCAGCUCUCUGGAGAGGAGGUGAGCUGGAGCAAGGACUUCCCAGCUGUGGACUCUGUGCUGGUGAAGCUCCUGGAAGUGAUGGAAGGAAUGGACAAGGAGACAUUUGAGUUCAAGUUUGGGAAGGAGCUAACAUUCACCACUGUACUGAGUGACCAACAGGUGGUAGAGCUGAUCCCAGGGGGCACAGGCAUCAUAGUAGGAUAUGAGGACCGUUCUCGUUUCAUCCAACUGGUGCAGAAAGCACGGCUAGAGGAGAGCAAGGAGCAGGUGGCUGCCAUGCAGGCAGGUCUGCUGAAGGUGGUGCCACAGGCUGUGCUGGACUUAUUGACCUGGCAAGAGUUGGAGAAAAAGGUGUGUGGGGACCCGGAGGUCACCGUGGAUGCUCUACGCAAGCUCACCCGGUUUGAGGACUUCGAGCCAUCUGACACACGGGUGCAGUAUUUCUGGGAGGCACUGAACAACUUCACCAACGGUCAGUGGAGGAUGGCUGGGUUUGAACUCCGCUCAUGGGAUACAGAGCAGGGUAGAAGUUGUAAAACCUUGCCCACCACUGAUUUCCUUCUCCAUCCAGAGGACCGGAGCCGCUUCCUGCGUUUUGUCACUGGCCGCAGCCGCCUACCAGCACGGAUCUACAUCUACCCCGACAAGCUGGGCUAUGAGACCACAGACGCGCUGCCUGAGUCUUCCACCUGCUCCAGCACUCUCUUCCUACCACACUAUGCCAGCGCCAAGGUGUGCGAGGAGAAGCUCCGAUACGCCGCCUACAACUGUGUGGCCAUCGACACUGACAUGAGCCCUUGGGAGGAAUGAGGCAGUGCUGGGAGCAGCUGCAGCUGGGCAGGACUGCGCCUAUGCCACUCAGCCUAGCCCAGGGCGAAGACACCAUCCCUGUGCCAUUUCGGGUCUGUGCUCCUGUUGUGAGGUGUCAUGUUCAGAAAAACCCAGUGCCCCCUGCUUCUAUGUGCUGUUGCAGUGGAAGUGGUGUGUUGACACUGGGGGGCCCAGCCCCGCAGACCCACAAGCCCUACUCGUGCUGGGGCUUGUUUCCCCAGGUAUUUAGCCUUUGAGAGGGAAUCUUCCACAAGCCCAGCACAAGCUGCCAGGCCUGAGCUACUUGAAGGGGGCCAUCUAGCUCCCCACCCCACGGACUUUGCUUCCAUUUUUGGCUAUACCUUUUUUCUUCUUCUUUCUCUGUAGUUAGCUAUGACUCAAAACAAAACUACAGAGGAUGGUGGAGGCUCUUUCCCAGUCAAGGAACCAGGGAUGGAUAGGGAGUAAUGGUCAUCCUCCUUGGUCACUUGCCCAAAGAAUGAAGCAACAGCUGAGCACCCCCUCCCUCACAUACUGGUCUUUUCUUCCUCUCCCUCUAUACCCAAGGUGUGAGCUCUGGCCUUUCUCCAGCUCAGUCUCAGCUGACAAAGUGCCACCGCCUUCCCUGGCUCAGAGCCCCCAUCUAUUCAACAUUAAAUCUUUAAUACCACCACCACCCCAUACUCAUCACUUCUGUAUCACCUCCAGCCUGCUGUUUCACCCUCAAGAUUUUGCACAGGUUAAGGCCAGUUAUGUCCUCCCUGAAAUCUUCAAUAGCUCCCCUUUACCCAACUCUAAAAUAAAGCCUAGACUUUAAACCUGAUCCUAGGGCUCUGCAUGUCCCUGCCCCUCCAUCAUGGAGGCCCUGUCACUCCAUCAAAAGAAGGUCUUGCACAUGGGAAAGUCGAAUAAAUGGGUGAAUUCAUUC